AUGACUGAAGCCGAGAUGAGUUCCAGCUCAAGAAGAAUACUGGCUGUGGCCCUUGAGAAUGAGACAGCAGUUUUGUCAAAGUUGGUCAAAGUUCCCAUCUGGCUUGACCUCAUCGCCUCACCUUCUGAAUGGUCAGAGUCAUUUCUCUCCCCCGAAGCCGCAGAAGUGCUCGCCGUGUUAGGAGGUGUAGUAGUAGUCUUCACCGCAGGUCCGAUUUCAUCGUCCAAGGAUCACCCGGCAAAGGAACUAGUAGAGCACAUCGGCAAAGUCCUGAGGAAGGGACUAGGGGGAUGGGAGUGGGAUGGCGUAGGACUAGCUAUCGGCGUGGGAGGAGAUGGCAACGAAGAGGAAUGGGAUGAGAUCUGCGCAGAGGCUGGACUGGAGUUUGUGUCUCUUGGCGGAAAAGGCGAUACUGGUCGUAACGAAUUUGGCGGAGUUGCACGAGUAAAAGAAGCCCUCGAAGCAAACGACUGGUCUCAACUCGAAGCACCACUAUCAGAUUCCGAGUUUGGUGACUUUGAAACGAGCUCAGCCAAGGCAGAUGAGGAUGACAAAGAUUUAGAUCCCCAAAAGAUGGGCUUUGGCUUCGACAAGUCAGACUUUGAAGGUCUACGACGCGCCAUAUGGGAGUCCAGCCAGGAUGUCGAGGAACCCUCAGAAUCCAGCAAGGCAGAGACUAGUAAGGAGGGUGCUUCUGGUGGAGUUGGGUUAGAGGACCUGGAUGAGGACGACAUCGCCAAGAUUGAGAAGAUGAUGAGAAAACUCCAAGCUGUGAGGGAAGCCGGCGAGGGGAUGGGAGAGGAACAGAGGAAGAGAAUGGCAGCCAGGGCUGUUGAGGAGGUGAUGAGAGAUCUUUGA